CAGCGAACUGCGUGUUUAGAUGAGCACAGCGGGCCUACUUCUCUGAACAGCCGCAUCCUGUUACAGUAAGGUCCAGCUGGCCUAAACCUAACCCUAACCCUAACUUUAACUCAUAAACAAAAACAAAAUAAAUUAAAAAUUUAAACAAACCAACAAACCGCGGGGUAGCGGAGCGCUACAGGCAGCAGCCGGACCCUUCCUCUUUCCUGAUCGGUAACUACGCCACUGAACCAGUGAAAGACAAUACCAUGGCACUGUGUUUCCCAGGGAAAUCUGCUCCAAGCUGCCAGUCCACCCCCAAACCCGGGCACCACCUGCUGCUCACACCUGCUGAGCGUCCCACCACAGGACAGGAUGUCAUGAACCAGAGUAUCCCAGCCGAGGGCACUCUGACAUUUGUGACCCCUGAUGACAGCCACAGGCAGCACAGUGUGGACUCAAGUGCCUUCCUGAACGUCUCCAGCAUCAGUGAGAGAGAUAAUGUGCCGAUGAGUGAGAUGCCAGCUGAGGGGGACGCUGAGGCUCAGUGCUCCUCUCCUGUGAGUUCGAGUAUUGAGGAAAUUGGGAAAAGGGCACAGGACCUGAUAGAGAGGAUCAACCAGAGCCGGGCUAUGGACCAAGAAAUCAUGGCCGACUUUGAGAGCAAACUGAUUAGUAAGGUGAAUGAAGUGUGUCAGCAGGUGAAGGAGCAGAUGUUCACCAGCUAUGAGGAGCACAGCUGCGGGAUGGAGGCCAGUCUGCAGGAGCUGUCAGAGGUGCUAGAGAGGAGCAGUCAGCUGAGCUCGGACCUGCAGGAGGUCAGCCACACACUGUCAGCCAUCAACACAGGUCUGCUGCAGACACCAGGGCCAUGACAGAGAAACAAAGAGGGCGGAUCAAUGUUGAGAGUGUUUUGCUGUUGAAUUUUUUUCCUUCUAUUUCCCUUGUUGUAGCCCGUAGACACCGGAUCUGUAACCACCAUCAUCACGGCACACAACUGUUACAUCACAGUUACAACAGUUGCAUCAGUUCAUGUGGUCUUUGUUGCUUGUGUGUGUGUGUACCCGUAGUUUGCGUUCCAGUGGAAUAAGUCAUGCUUAUUGUUAUGUAAAAGGUAGUAUCUAAUUUCAUAUCUAAGUGUUAUACAGUUGUGAUGCAAGAUAAUACUGGAAUAUUUACAAUAGUCAAUGGAAUGACAAUUAUUAUUUGUUCUCAUUUAUCUGUGGCCCUCUUCAGUGUUUUAUUUUAACUUAUUUUUGAAUCAUAAGGGCAAACCGACUUAGCUUGUGC